UCUUUCCGCUUCUUCUAAAGUCUAAAUGUCCCGCACGAAUGCCCUCGAACGUUAGCAACGUUCAUCAAAGAUUUUCUGGUUCUCUUGCUAAACCGGACGAAUUUCACCGAAACACUGUACCGAAAUUUCGCUUCCAACUACAAAGUCAUCAAAGAACACGAAGGAACGGGGUGGGCAUAAUUUUGACAGCAAAUUUUCAAGGAACACAGCCUUGUUGGGGAACCACGGUUCAAAAGAAACCAGACUUCUGGAAAAUGGAGCAUGCUCAUAAAUAAGUUGGUUUCCAUGUUUUUUUCUCUCUUCCAUAGUUUUGGUUAAGUGGGUUUCUCUCUCAUGAAGAUUUUCAUGCACCCUGAGCGAAAAUGUGGAGGUGCUGCUUAAAACUGAGGCGACCCAUAUUGGGUUUUCGCCUCAAUGGUUCUGGGUAUUGCAAGAGAUGGUUUUCUAGUAAUUCACUUAGAUUUGCAGCUCUUUGGGGAAAUGGAGACUAUGGGAGACUGGGUUUAGGCUCUCUGAUGUCUCAAUGGGUUCCCACUGUGUGCAAAGCUUUAGAAAGAGAGAACCCAUGUGCUAUUGCUUGUGGUGGGGCUCAUACUCUGUUCUUAACUGACACAGGGCGCGUUUUUGCUACUGGUUUGAAUGAUUUUGGACAGUUGGGAAUAUCCGCGGCUGUGAGCCAUGCUCUUGAACCUCUUGAAGUUGUUAGUAUUCCUGAGAAAGCUGUCCAAGUAUCAGCCGGUUCUCAUCAUUCUGCUGCCAUCACAGUUGAUGGAGCAGUCUACAUGUGGGGAAAUAAUUCUAGUGGGCAGCUUGGCCUUGGAAAAAAGGCAAUGAAUAUAAUUUCUACCCCAACAAGGGUUGAAAGAUUGAUUGGGUUCAACAUCAGAAAGAUUUCUCUAGGCUCAGAACACUCGGUUGCAAUCACAGAUGAUGGUCAUGUAUUGAGUUGGGGAGCUGGGGGAUCUGGAAGACUUGGACAUAGGCAUCAGCCAAGCAUGUUAGGUUUCUUCGGAAACAUGAGUGAAUAUACACCCAGGCUCAUAAAAACAUUUGAGGGAACCAAGAUUAAGAGAAUUGCUGCUGGUUUGCUGCACUCUGCUUGCAUCGAUGAAAAUGGCACGGUUUAUACGUUUGGGGAGGAAGCAUCUGAUAAACUUGGUUUUGGAGAUAAAAAAAACUCAACAUCACCCUCGAGGAUCAAUGAAAUUCCAUGUUCUCAGGAUCUGGCAUGUGGUGGUUAUCAUACGUGUGUUGUAACAAGUGGUGGGGAAGUUUAUACAUGGGGUACAAAUGAAAAUGGUUGCCUUGGCCUUGGCAACCCAAAUCCUGUUUACUCUCCAACACGAGUCGAAGGACCUUUGCUGGGACUUCCCACAUCAGAGGUCUCAUGUGGCUGGAAGCAUACAGCAGCUAUUUCAGGUGGGAAUAUUUUCACUUGGGGGUGGGGAGGUUCUCAUGGUACCUUUUCAGAAGAUGGUCACUCAUCAGGAGGACAACUGGGAUCUAUCUGGGGUAGUUUGGGGAACCAGAAGGCCCUGGGCGAGAUAUUAGAUUGCUGCAGUGGCAGGAAGUUAUGAUGUGGUGUGAGCUGGCAAAUUCUAAUUGGCUCUUGGUGGGCCUCUUCUGACUCCCACUAAAUGUGGAAAUUGUGUGAAUUUCAUCGGCUUUGAUAUUUUGGGGUGUGAGACUUCAUCAACCAAAAUUUGAAUUGGCUUUUCUAUUUCAGCAUUUUGUAGACCAUCGGUUGCUAAUCCCCUUGUUUUUGAUCCAGAGAAUGUGGAUUACUGUCUGUAACAUAUCCCCCCAAACUCCCUCUUGUGGCGGAUCGUGGCCUGUAUUUGGAUUUACUUCUUUAUUCUGAAAUUCAUGGCUAGUCAAAAUCUUGUAGGAGAGAUGGGCUGCUUGAAGGAUACAGAUCUCGGGGAUUUCAGAUGGACUAAAAGACUCCUCUAAAUUUGUCGGGUGGCCAACAGCUCUACGCCUAGGUUGUUCCAAUUAAAUUUAGUGAA